AUGGCUACAAAAUUUUCCGAGAUCCGUUUCAUUCUGAAAACUUCCCUUCCCGAGAUGCCUCUACCACAGAGCGGAAACGAGGUAAGCUUUUUGCUUUUAUGAUGCAAAACUUCUUCAGGAAAACGGACCGAGAAGCUUCACACCUUCUAAGAAUACUAUAUUCGUGAGGCCUGCCGAGGCUAAUGGAAUAAAAGAGGUAAUCAAAACUAUCUACGUCGGUGGAAAAUUGAGGGUUUUUUAAGCUUACUUUUUUUUGAGCCUCGUUAGCAUGAAGAAAUAUAUCAAAAUCUCUAAGGUAAAUAAAAACUUCCAAAAAAUGCUCACUCAUCAAAAACUGUAGUUGGACUCUUCACAGUGCCACCGCACGUUUUUUCCGGAAAAAAUUAUUUUACAGAACUUGAGCGAGAGAAGCUUCCAAGAACUCGGAGGACUGACCCCAAUAGAUUCACCUCCUCUGAUCCGUCAUAACAAAAGCGAGAAAAGUUUAGCGCCAAUUUCUAACAUUCAAGGUUACAUAUUGCAAACGUCUUUCAAAAUUUAGUAUUUCAGAAAAAAAUGGAAAAAUAAAAUCUCCGCAAAGCGCGCCGAACUUGCCGAUAUCACGAAAUUAUCCUACUAAAGAAGAAAAAGGUGAGAAAUAAAGAUUGAGCUUUUGAUGAAUGUUUUUAAGAAAAAGAGUCGGCUGAGAAAAACCAGGCGAUUGUGAGCUGUCCCUUCAAAAUCCUUGGAUGCCACAAAGAAGGCAGCGAAAAAGCAGUCAAAACGCAUAUUCGAGACGACAGGUGA